AUGUUCUUCCCUCAAAGACCCGGUAGGGCCCCAUUACGUUGUUCAGUGGCUGUCUUUAAAGCCCAAAUAUUCCCGGCUGUCCUGGUCCAACCACAAACCCCUAGUCAAGAAAUUAGUUGGAACAAUGCAGUGGAAUGGUUGAACAACUUCAAUUUCCAUGAAAUUCCGAGCGAUGAGGUGCAAAUAAGUUUAAAGAAUUUGCUGGAAUAUGAGUCGGAGGUGCUUGAAGUAUAUUUGACCCUGAUGAGACGGCAUUUUUUUCAGCAUGAGGUGGAGAGUUUGAAGUAUUCAAAUUCCCAGGUGACAAUCGACGAGAAUCAAACGGUACAGAUUAUCCAUAAGAUGAGAGACCUCAAGAAAAAGUACUUCUUCCCUCUUCAAUUUAUAAAAUUACGAGAAUCUAAAUUGGUAACGGUAGAUCAGGUAUUAAACGGAUUGUUUGCUACAGUGUUGUUAGAUGAAACCCUGACGAUCACCAACGAAGAUCCCAAGAAUUACAAUGCAAUGAUAUUUGUAGAGAAUUUGAAACAUUUAUUCGGGAACUAUUUCUAUCAUAAUGAUGAAACCAUGUUUAGUAACAUUAUGAGCUUAGUAGAGAUUUUGGUGUCGGCUAACAUGGCCAAUGCCGUCAAAUAUAUCGUGGCCAUCGUCACCAAACAAAUGGUCAAACAGAAGAUCCAAUGGUUCGAUGUUGGAAAAUGGGAUGAAAAAAUAUUUACCGUAAUAUCCAAGGACAUAAAAAAGGGAAAAAUGAAGAGACUAUUAGAUUGUUAUAUCUUCUGCGGAGAUGAUAUCACUAACGAGAACGUGGCUGAGGAAUUGGAUUCCAUUAUUGGCGAUGAGUUGCUAAAACUACGAAUCGACGAAUUAUACGAAAUUGUCGGUGAUUUUCCUAGAUCAUCACCGGCUUUGGAGGAAAUCAAUGAUUUUAUCAAGACCCCGGCACAAAGAUCGUAUCUUGUUAGCACUUUUGGCGAUGCUGUGAAAAAGAACCUACUACAUCCUGGAGCUACAACAAUUUCGAUCAUAUCGUUUUAUAUUUCAAUGAUCAAAAGUUUGUUGAUUGUUGAUCCAAAGGGAGUUUUAUUAGAUAGGGUCUGUCGUCCAAUUAGACGAUAUCUCAAGGAAAGGCACGAUACUAUCAAGUUUAUUGUGAGUGGAUUACUUGAUACUGAAGAUCAUAAUCAUAAACUCACACAAUUAUCAGAAGAAUUGAAGAAAGCAGCAGAACAGAAAAUAAAGACCACCAGUAUUGUGGUGGAUGAAAUGAAUGGCCAAGAAUUGUACACGGAAGAAAGCCUUGAUUGGGCCCCUGACCCCAUUGAUGCUUUGCCUGAUUUCAAGCGAAACAAAGUCGGGGACAUUAUUGAAGCGGUCACUUCAUUAUUUGACUCAAAGAAUUUCUUUAUCAAUGAAUUCAUCAAACAUUUCUCUCGACAAUUGAUCAACAUUGAUUAUGAUAUUGACAUUAUCUUAUCGAAAUUGAACUUACUCAAGGCAAAGUUUGGGAAUAGCAAUGAAUUUGAUAGCUUAGAUGUUAUGGUACGCGAUAUUAUUGAAUCUAAAAAUAUUGACUCGUUCAUUCAAAAGCAGGCGCUGGCGCAAGCUUUCCGUGGUGCAAAUUUCCAUUCUACCGUGUUAUCUUAUUUGUUCUGGCCUAAUGAUUUAGUUAAAGUUAAUCAAGGGGAAUCAGUCGGUUCAGGAAGGCUGACAUCGUUCAUUCUUCCGACCGAAAUUCAGAAAUUGUAUGAUGAUUACUCUGAGAAAUAUUCGGAAAUAAAAUUGGGAAGACAGUUGAAACCGGUACACAAUCUUGGGAAAGUAACGGUUGAGCUUGAAUUAAAAGAUAGGGUGAAAAGCUUCCAGGUGACCCCUGAUGUUGCCAUGGUAAUUUAUCAAUUCAAUGAUGAUGUUCAGACAUUAGAUCUUGAUCAAAUCACUGAAAAAUUACAAAUGGAUAGUUUUAUGGCAAGAAAAGCUUGUAGUUAUUGGGUCAAAGAAGGGAUUUUGGAAGAAGUUGAUGAUGACGAGUAUCGAGUAUUGGAAACUGAAAAGAAGUCAGGACAAAUUCUCGAUGAUAGGCUGAUCAUGGCCAAACCAAUGGUUGAAUCAGACGAAAAAGACCUGGAUAACAAAUUCAAAGAAAUGGAGGUACUUUUCCCGUUCAUCAAUGGUAUGUUGACGAAUCUUGGAUCAAUGGAAGUCGCUAAGAUCAAGAGCUUUUUAAGUAUGGCUUUCCCUGCAGAAUUGAAUGUAUCGUUCAAUGAGGCUCAAUUGGAAGAGUAUUUGAAUUUCUUGGUGGAUGAGGAUAAAUUGGAGAUGGUGGGCAAUAAGAUGUAUAAAUUGCGGCCUGCUAAUUGA